AAUCUCUCUUUUUUAUUUUUAUCUCUUUUUUUUCAGUCAACCAAAAUUUAUCAAUUUACACUCACUCGAUACACACACACACACAAAUUAAAAAAAAAAGACAAUUUCUAAAUGAAAAUAACGCCUUAGAGUUCAUCAAAUCAACUGAUUGAUUUUGUUUCAAAAAAUUAAAUAAAUGAAAUAAAAAAUGGCCAUCAUAUCGACAGCAACAAAUCCAACAUGGAGAAAAUCAAUAAUACAACAACUACAAGAACAACAACGUAAAACAAAUGAACCAUUUGAAUCUGUGAUACAAACAUGUGUUAGUUUGUUUGAAAAAAUUGAUUCAUUACAAAGAGAAAAAUCAAAUUCAUCAUCAUCAUCAACAACAGCGAAUUGUGAUAAUCAAACAUUGUCAAAUCCAAUACCAUCAUCAUCAUCAACAGCAUCGACAACAGCAACAACAACAUUAACUUCGGCAACAAAUUCAACAUUAAAUGAUCGUAUACAAUCAUUACAAAAUGAUUUAAAAGAAUGUCAAAAAUGUAUAAUGGAAAAAGAUUCAACAAUAAUUGAAUUGAAUACAAAAAUAACUAGUUUAAUGAAAGAAAAAAAUGAUUUAAAAUCAAAACAAACUGAUUUAAAAAUAAAUUUAGAUUGUAUGUUAGAUAAAUGUCGUGCAUAUGAAGAAGUUAUAAAUGAUUUAAAAGGACAGAAUACAUGUUUAAUUGAUGAACAUACUGCAUUACAAAUAUUAUAUGAUAGUUUAAAAAAUAAAUUUGAUAAACUAAAUCAACAAUAUAAUGAUUUGGUUACGAAAGUUAUGGAAACAAAAGCAAAAGAUGCUGAAAUAAUGAAUGAAGAGAAUGAAAAAAUGAUACGUUUACAACAGGAACGUUUACGUAAACAAUUAGAAGAUGAUGCAAAUAGAAUUAUGGUUACAUCAAAUGUUGAAAAUGAUUCAGUAAAUUUGAUUGAAAAUCCUGUUACGGUAAUAAUACCUGAACGACCGAGAAUAAAUUUCGAACCACAUAAUGAAAUAUAUGCAUUAAAAUUUGAUAAAAAAACAAAUUAUCUAAGUAGUGGUGGUGGUGAUCGUAAAGUAAAAUUAUGGAAUUUUGAUGAUAUUAAAAUCAAUCUGAUACAAGUAUUAACCGGUAGUAAUGCAUCGGUUACAUCUAUUGAUAUAUUUGAAGAAUAUUUAGUUGCAUCAUCAAGUGAUUAUGCAAGUCGUGUUUGGACAUUAAAUGAUUUUCGUUUACGUCGUACACUAACUGGUCAUUCAAAUAAAGUAAUGUCAGUAAAAUUUAUGUCUGUAAAUAAUAAAGUUGUAUCGGGUAGUUAUGAUAAAACAAUUAAAGUAUGGGAUUUAAAUCGUAAUGCUUGUAUGCGUACAUUGUUUGCCGGUUCAUCAUGUACCGAUAUUGCUAAUCGUGAUGAAAAUUUUUUUGCCAGUGGUCAUAUUGAUAAACAUAUACGAUUUUGGGAUUCACGUAUUGAAACAUCAUCAGCAACCGGAAUUCAAUUACAGGGUAAAAUUACAUCAUUAAAUGUUACGAAUAAUGGUCAUUAUUUGGUUGCCGCUAUACGUAAUGUUGAUAAAUUAACCUGUUUAGAUUUGCGUAUGAAUUCAUUUGUACAAAAUUAUACAGCCGAUUCAUUUACAAUUGGUUGGGAUUGGACCCGGUUAUGUUUAAGUCCAAAUGAUCAAUAUAUUGCUUGUGGUGGUAAUGAUAGUCAAAUAUUUUUUUGGGAUUUUUCAUCAGGAAAAUUAUUAAAAACAUUAUCAACUGAUAAACAUAUUGGUACAAUUAUUGCAGUUGAAUGGCAUCCAAAAGGAAAUUUAUUUGCAAGUGCUGAUCGUAAUAAAAAUAUUGUACUUUGGUCAUAAUAACAACAUUUUUCAUUACUGAAUCAAAUUGAAUUAACACUUUAUCAUCAUCAUCAUUCUGUGUUAUUUUGUGUGGUGUGUCAUUCAUCAUUUU